AUGCAGUUUGUUUUUUUACACUCUUUUGGUAUCAUCCCGCUAUGUCGAUCCUUUCACAGAAAGGAUUCUUUACAAUUUGUGCAGAUAGAAAGCUCACUGUUGCAAAUACAAAUGCAGAAGCAGUGCAUACCAAAUCGGUACACGAACUCAGCAAUGGACAUUAACAAAUGCGGAAUAAAUAACAGCUUUAUACUUUUUAAAAAACAAAAAACAAAAAACAAAACAAUUUCCAAAUACAAAAAUGUAGGUAUUCAAAAUGGAUUUCCAUAUACACAUAUAUAUAUAAUUCUGCUGCAAACAGUGGAUCACAAAACAAAAGUGUCCUCAGCAUGUUUCAUUCUUGAAAACCCACAAGGCGAUGCAUCAAUCCAAUUAGAAAGAAGGUGUGCAAAACCACCAACUGUGCUGGCAGAACCCUGA